AUGGCGGCUUCCAGCGACGCCAAGAUUCAAAACCCUAACUCCCUGCCUUGGGACCCCAACAACGACAUCUUCCCAUUGAGAAGUGAGUUGCCCAAGAAGAUACCGUAUCAUCCGGAUGCGCCAGAAGACUCGGCUUGGGUUUGGGGGGAGGAUGAUCACAUAGGAAGACUAAACCUCCUAACACCCCAACGGGUGUUGAGCGCCGCAAAGACGGAGAUUCGGACGGGGGAAACGGUUCGAUUGGACCUACCGCUGCACAUCCCCGUAGCACCGUGCUUCAAUCGCACGCCAGCAAUCCAUCGCAUCAUCGAUCUGGGCGGUGGUCUCGCGUAUGACGAUGUUAUCGACAAUUUGAAUCCGCAGGGGGGCAGUCAGUGGGAUGGAUUUCGACAUUUCUCGCAUUUUGCAAGCGGGUUGUUUUAUAACGGCACAAAAGCAACGGAUAUCACCACCCAACCUGACCAGAACAAAUGCAGCAUCCACUACUGGUCCACACCAGCACAAUCAGCAUCCAGAGAAAAAGCAGCAGGAGGAGGAAUAUCCGGCCGCGCCGUCUUACUCGACUACUGGACGUACGCCCAAUCCACGCCUGGAAAGUCCUACGACCCGUAUACAGGACACCCCAUAACCUUUGCCGACCUGCUCGACUGCGCAAAAUACCAGGGCAUCAAUAUCCUGCCCGCAAGCCAGGGAGGAGACAUCCAAAUCGGCGAUAUUUUGCUGGUCAGGUCCGGCUGGGUAGAUCGCUACAACAACCUUACCGACUCCCAGCGCGAAAAAGCCGCGAAACGACACAUGCACGUCUUCGAACCUUCACCCCAAGAUAUGAAACCAGAAGGAUCGCAGGAAUGGGCCGGUCUCGCCCAGGACCCUGCGACACUCACAUGGUUGCACGACUGUUAUUUCUCUGCUGUCGCCGGGGACGCACCUGGUUUCGAGCGUUGGCCGUCCCUCGAAACGGGUCCAAACGGCGAUGGGAAGGGAGGCUGGUUGUUGCAUGAAUACAUCCUUGCGCUUUGGGGUAUGCCGUUGGGCGAAAUGUGGGAUUUGGAAGGUGUGGCGGAGGUUUGUAGACGGCAGAAGAGGUCGACCUUCUUUUUGUCGAGUUCGCCGGAUAUGAUUUUUGGGGGUGUGUCGUCACACCCGAAUGCGACGGCUAUUUUUUAA